AUGCCCCUCGACACCUCAACAACAUACCGCCUUACCAGGCUUCGGCUUGACGGCAGGCGUUGGAAUGAACUCCGCUUAAUGCAGGCCCAGAUCUCGACGAACCCUGCCAGCUCUGGAUCAUCGUAUCUCUCAAUGGGCAAUACAGUGGUUAUCUGUAUGGUUCAUGGGCCAGCAGAAGGCCGACGAUCCGAAGCAACGGGCCCCGCUCGUGAGGGGGCUGUUGUAUCCGUUGCCGUUAAUGUUGCAGGUUUUUCCGGCGUUGACAGGAAAAAGAAGAGUGCAACUGGUGGCGGAGGCGAUAGACAAGCAUCUACAGAUCUAGCCUUCGCCCUCCGUGAUGCCUUUCAGCCACAUCUCCACACCCACAUAUAUCCGCAUAGCACAAUAUCCCUCCAUGUUUCUGUCCUAUCGUCCGACGGCUCCCUCUUCGCAGCAUGCAUAAAUGCAUGCACUCUAGCACUAGUGGAUGCCGGGAUACCAAUGCCGGGCCUUCUUUGCGCUUGCACCGUCGGAAUGAGUGGAAGAGCAUCCACUCCGGCCGAACCUGAACUUACUCGCGUGGGCGGAAUUAACGAAAGUUUGGAUCCGCUUCUUGACAUGUCCAUGCCUGAAGAACAAGAACUUCCAUUCAUGACUGUCGCGAAUACGAACCCAGCACCCACGGGCGACGAUUCCAUGGAUGACCAAGAGGAGAACCAGAUGCUGUCGAUCGUCCAGAUGGGGGCUGGCGUACAUAUUUCAUAUCUGGAAACUAUGUUUGCAGUAGGGCUGGACGGGUGUAAGCAGGUCAGGGAGAUACUGAAUGGCGUUGUGAAAGCAGCGGGACGGAAGGUGCUAGAAGGGGAGGGUGAAAUAUUGCCUGGUGUCGAACAAUGA